AUGGAUUCUGACAAGCUGACCUUCCGCAGAGCACUGCACAACCCGCACGUCUCCGAGACGGCCAAAGAACACGCGCGGCAGUCACUCCAGGACCUGAACGAAGACGAAGCACGAAGAGAGAUGCAGGAAGAAGCCGGACAGCACGUGCCUUACCACCGCCAGCAUAGACGCUACGAGACACGACAUGCAUCGGCAGACCAGCCGAUGCCGCCCCAGGAGCGCAUUAAUGCGGCGCGCGGAUACAAGGCGGCGCUCCAUAACCCGCUCGUCUCGGAAGAAGGGAAAGAGCAUGCCCGGCGCAUGCUUCUGGAGAUGGACGACCAAGAGGCCCGGGAGGAGUUGUACGGGGAGAAGCCCAAGAGCCCAACCAGAGUCGCGGCGGGACUGAAAGCCGUGACGCACAACCGACGUCUAAGUGAUUCGACGCGGUACACGGCCGCUCAGAAACUGCGCGAGAUGGGGUAUGCCCAGGAAGAAGAGCAGAGAUAG